UAAUUUGGCCGAAACUGUAUUAAAUCAGGACAUUCGCGGUGAUUUCCCGGUCAACUAAAAUGGGUGGCUGUCGAUGCACCUUUAGAAGCUGUGAAAAUAGCACAGCGCUUCGACCCGGAAUGCACUUUUUCCAUUUCCCGAUCCGUGAUUGGCCCCGGUUGGAAAAGUGGGCAAUCAAUGCUGACAAACGGGAGUUCAAGUUACUGCCACUGAGCAAGCUGAAGAAUAAGGUGGUUUGCGAGGAACAUUUCCGUAACGAAAUGUUCAUGAAUUAUCUGAAAGAUAGUCUGACGAAAAUGGCUGUGCCAACGUUAGAUGUGCUGGAAGACGGACGGGUUUGGGAUCUGGAGACGAAUUUAGUUGGAGAACGAGAACAGUGGAUUAUUCCCCCAAACCCGAAAAAAAGCAAUGCGAAACGAGAGGCAGUGGUAGUGACUAAAGAGUCAGACGAUACCACAAUGCAGAUCCAGUUCAUAGAUUCUGACGAGGACCUACAGGAAGGGAAACAUAUAGCUGCACCAUCGACAGCUACUCAAUCACUAAAGUUGUUAAACAAAGAAGCAACAAAUAUGGGUGUAUUUAUGCCAACGGAGAGUUUCAGCAGUCAAACUCCAACUAUUCUACGAAAGGUUCAAAUCAAACGUAAGGUAUCAAAAGUCGAUGAACCUGUGAAUCCGCCCAAAGUCCAGCUGUUGUCGAUUCAGAAAUUACCUAGAAGAGUUUCUGUUAGAGAAAUUAAUAUCCAACCGGAGGAAACAGUACAGGAACAGCCAGCAGCUGCAUUACCCUCAUCGUCCACGGAUGAAUCGCCGGCUGCUGACAUUCAGCAUAUUGAAAACUUUCCGAUUUCAGUUGGAACAGUAAUGGAUCCGGUUUAUUUAGAAAAAUUGGAAGAAAAUUCAAAGCAGAUUGCCGAAGUUAAAAAAAUGCUUGAAGAUGUGCUCAAUAGACCCAUCCCGGAGCCACGGGUUAUAACGGUUGAAGUUCCAACACAAGUAUUACCCCCCAACCCUGUCGACAGCGGUUGCGAUAAGCUCGAAAAAGGCCCCAGCUUGAACAAAGCUCAACUUUUCAAUGGCAUCAAACGGUAUUUGAAUCCCACGAUGGUUGCACUACUGAGGAUGGAAAUGUUUGGCGGAACCGCCGACCGCCAGUGGAAACCGGACGAGAAAGCGCUGGCCGUUGAGCUUGCCGGUCUCGGUGAAAACGUAUACGAUCAUUUCUGCGAUGAAUUUCGCUUCCGGUUACCGAGCAAAAAAGACGUCCAACAGUGGAAGGAACAAGAGCUGCACGAUGACGACGCUUCGUGAGUUGUUCUCGAUCACAAAAUGUUCAAGUAUGCUACCUACUGCUGGUUUAUUUUCUCAACUUUUCAUAACAUUCGUGUCUAUUUUGCAUUCUGAUCGGACCUGUUCCGAUCAGAAUCACUCUGUAUGCUAAAACACGCGUCGAUCGGAAUUCAGAAUAUGGUUUCUGAUCAGAACGAGCCCGAUCGGAAUGUAGAAUUGUGCCUUUUGUUUUACAUUUAUGUUUUUUUUAUUUCCUUUGCAAUUUAAGUCUAAGUUGGUGUUUCAAACAAAACUCUGCAUUAGUUUUAUCGUCCCUUAAACUAAAAUAAGUGAAACUCAUGAAAUAUAAACUAAAAGUCGUUCAAAAAA